CGGGUUCUCGCACUUCGACACCACUCAGGGCUCGCCCGUGGUUGACAGCGCGUGCUUCGCGCUGGACCCUCCUUCUCGUCUCCUCCUCUUUCCCUUCUCUCUCUCUCGCUUUCUCUCUCUUUUCCUUCUUUCCUCUACUCCGCUCAUUCACGAGGGCUCGCUUACCAACUCUACACGAAACAGGGAUGCAGCGAGCGCAAGGCGCAGCCUGAAAAAUGGCACGAGUCUUCCCUGGGAUCUAUCCAUCCCUUUUCAUUUUCUCCCCCUUUCUUUUUCACGCGUUUGCGCCAUGUAAAGGCUUACGGAAUUACCCGGAGAAUGAAGUGACGUUGUUGGACUCCAUGUCUGCUCUGGGAGACCUGGGCUGGGAGGCAUACCCUGCAGAGGGGUGGGAAGAGAUCAGUGUGAUGGAUGAGAGGAACACUCCCAUGCGUACCUACCAAGUGUGUAACGUGAUGGAGGCCAGUCAGAAUAACUGGCUGAGGACGCGACACAUCGCCCGCGACGGAGCCCAGCGUGUCUACAUCGAGAUCAAGUUCACCCUCCGAGACUGUAACAGCCUGCCUGGAGUACCUGGCACCUGCAAAGAGACUUUCAACAUGUUCUACUAUGAGUCUAACAACGCCAACUUGUGGUUCAUCAAGGAGAGUCAGUACAUCAAGAUAGACACCAUCGCUGCUGAUGAGAGCUUCACACAGGUGGAUGUGGGAGAUCGUGUGAUGAAGCUCAACACAGAGGUCCGUGACAUCAGUAACCUGAGUAAGAAGGGGUUUUACCUGGCCUUCCAGGACCUGGGGGCCUGCAUCGCUCUGGUCUCUGUCAGGAUCUUCUACAAGAAGUGUCCCUUCACCGUGCUCAACCUGGCCCAGUUCCCCGACACCGUCACGGGGGGCGACUCAGCCCUGGUGGAAGUGCGAGGGGUGUGUGUGAACGCCUCCCAGGAGUUUGAGACUCCCAGAAUGUACUGUAGCGCGGACGGGAGCUGGCUGGUGCCCAUCGGGAGGUGUGUGUGCGAGCCAGGGUACGAGGAGCAUAAGGAUGGCUGCCAACCAUGCAGACCAGGUUCCUACAAGGCCUCAGCGACCGACGCCUACUGCACAAAAUGCCCGCCACAUAGCUCCUCCCACCUGGAGAGAGCCUCCGAGUGCGUGUGUGAGAAAGGUUUCCACCGCGCAGAGACGGACCCACGCUCCAUGGCUUGCACACGUCCCUGUUCUGCUCCAGAGAACCCCAUCUCCACUGUCAACGAGACGUGUGUCACACUAGAAUGGAGUCCCCCUCUUGACAUGGGAGGCCGAGGCGACAUCACCUACAGCCUCCACUGCAGGAAGUGCUCCGGCGACCGCAGGAAGUGCACGCCCUGCGGUAACGGCGUACAUUUUGUGCCGAGGCAGUUUGGUCUCUCUGUGACUAUGGUGAUGGUCACUGACCUGCAGCCACACAGCAAUUACAGCUUCACCAUUGAGAGCCUGAAUGGAGUUUCUGACCUGAGUUCUACACCCAGAGGAGCUGUGAUAGUUAAUGUCACCACCAGCCAGACAGUGAGUGUGGUCCUGAAGGAGAGGAGGAGUAAGGACAGUAUCACUCUGGCGUGGCAGGGCCCUGACAGACCCAAUGGAGCCAUAGUGGAGUAUGAAGUCAUUUAUUAUGAGAAGAACCAGAGAGAGCAGAACUACACAGUCCUAAAGACCAGGUCCAAUGUGAUGACUGUAGACGGUCUAAAGCCUGGUACUACAUAUGUGUUCCGUGUCCGAGCUAGAACCGACGGGGGAUACGGCAACUACGGAGGAGAGAUAGAACUGGAGACCAGCCACGAAGACAUGUUGGCCAUAGGAGACCCUAACCAGUCUACUAUCCUGGCUGUGUCCAUCACUGGAGGCAUCGUACUGCUCAUCUUCCUGGUGGCCUGCUUUGUUGUCAGUGGCAGACACUGUGGGUACAUUAAAGCCAAGCAGGACCCUGACGAAGAGAAGCUGCAGUUUCAACAUGGAAGAGUCAAACUUCCUGGCAGUAAGAUAUAUAUCCAUCCACACACCUAUGAGGAUCCUAACCAGGCGGUCAGAGACUUUGCCAAAGAGAUUGAUGCUUCCAGCAUCAGCAUAGAGAGAGUCAUCGGAGCGGGUGAGUUUGGGGAGGUGUGUAGUGGUUGUCUUCGACUCCAGGGGAAGAGGGAGAUCUACGUGGCCAUAAAGAGUCUGAAGGCAGGAUACGCUGACAAACAGAGGCGGGACUUCCUCUCUGAGGCCAGCAUCAUGGGACAGUUCGACCACCCAAACAUCAUCAGACUGGAGGGUGUGGUCACACGAUGUAAGCCAGUGAUGAUCAUCACAGAAUUUAUGGAGAAUGGAUCCCUAGAUACCUUUCUCAAGAAACAAGACGGUCAGUUCACAGUGAUCCAGCUGGUGGGCAUGCUGCGGGGCAUUGCGUCGGGCAUGAAGUACCUGUCUGACAUGAGCUACGUUCACCGAGACCUGGCCGCACGCAACAUCUUGGUCAACAGCAACCUGGUGUGUAAGGUGUCUGACUUCGGCCUGUCACGAGUACUGGAGGACGACCCUGAGGCAGCAUACACCACACAGGGAGGGAAGAUCCCCAUCCGAUGGACGUCUCCAGAGGCUAUUGCCUACAGGAAGUUCACGUCAGCCAGUGAUGUGUGGAGCUAUGGCAUCGUCAUGUGGGAGGUGGUCUCAUACGGAGAGAGACCCUACUGGGAGAUGUCCAACCAGGAUGUGAUCAAAGCGAUAGAUGAGGGUUACCGUCUUCCGGCCCCUAUGGACUGUCCUGUGGUCCUCCACCAGCUGAUGUUGGAGUGUUGGGAGAAGGGCCGCAGCGAACGGCCUAAGUUUGGCCAGAUCGUCACCACCCUGGAUAAGCUGAUCAGAGACCCAGCCAGCCUCCGAGAGCUGGCCAACAGCUCAUUAUGCAGGGAAGACCCGACCACUCCAGAGUUCAGUGUGAGUACGAUGGAGGAGUGGCUGGAUGCCAUCAAGAUGGGACAGUACAAGGGGAACUUCACCAGUGCUGGAUACGUCACCCUGGACUCUGUCCUCUACAUCAGCAUCAGUGAGCUCGUUAAGAUGGAUGUGACCUUGGCGGGUCACCAGAAGAAGAUCAUCUCCAGUGUCCAGAUCCUUCAGUCCCAGGGGACCCACGUCCAAGUAUAACAGUUUCCCUAUAGAGACACACUGGGAGGGAAAGCCAAAAUGGAUGCUCUUCUCUGAGUUUACCCAUUGAGACACACUCAGAUUGAGCCAACAUGGACAUUCUGGGUUGGGUUUCCCCAUACAAAGACACUGAGAUGGAGCCGUAAUUUACGCUUAGCUCCUUUAUUUCCUCUUUGUAGUUUCAUCAUUCCACCUGUCCUGGAUGUUUUGAUAGCGUAGGCACUUCCAGCUUCCGUCCACGCCUUCAGAGGCCUAGCAACCCAGCAACCUAAGAUACCAGGCUUCAACCAAGACGUCUUUGUCCAUAUCAACAACAACAAUAACAAAGCUAAAAAAUAACAAAAAAGAAAACGUGAUUAUAAUUCUCAACAUUGUCUGUGAAGUUUUGUGUACAGUUGUUUUUAUGGUUGUUUCUUUUUUCAUUUUUUGAUUAGCUUUGUUAAUUUUCCACAUAAUUCACAUGAUCAAUAUUGUAUGUGUAUAGAUAAGCGUUUACAAGAGGUGUGUGUCAGUCCGCCAGUCUAGAAAGUAAAGUUGUUAUCGCCAGGCAACGCAGGUGUGCUUUUCCUUCCUGGUGCAUGUGUUGUCAGGCCCCUCCUCUUUCUCUAAGCCCCUCCCCACAACGCUAUAGGACCAAUCAUGAUGUGUGGGGGAGAUAGGAGGGAGAAAUAGAAAUAUGUGAAAAUAUGAGAUGAGAUGUCUAUUCAUGGUCUCAGAAGACUUCUGUUGCGUUUGGCCAGGGAUAGAUACAUGUAGGUCUUCCAUAGCCACGACUUCCAGACUCACACAGUUCACUUGAAUGAGAUGCCCUGCCAGAUUUCAUUUAGGACAGCCUACAGCAUCUACCUAUAGGCUGCAGUUAG